GCGGCGGCUGCUUGCUGAAGCGGCGGGUGUCCAAAAAAAAGAAUAAGCCGUCUGGUCAUAAACGUUUGGGGGGGUUCAAAAAUAUUUGAAGGAAUUAACUUCAUAAAUCAUUGAUUUAUUUAUUUGGUUUCCCUCCCCUCGCCCCUCCUCCGGUCUCUUGCCCCUAAUCUAGGCUAGCGCGGCGCGGGUUCGGCCGGUUACUCUUCCCUUCCAGCCGACGAUGACGUCCAUUCACUUCGUGGUGCAUCCACUACCGGGCACCGAGGAUCAGCUCAACGACAGAUUACGAGAAGUAUCAGAAAAACUCAACAAAUUCAAUCUUAGCAGUCACCCGCCUCUGAAUGUUUUGGAACAGGCUACAAUUAAGCAAUGCGUGGUGGGACCAAACCAUGCAGCAUUUCUUCUAGAGGAUGGCCGUAUCUGUAGAAUUAGCUUUGCUGUUCAACCAGACAGAUUGGAGCUGGGAAAACCAGAUACUAGUGAUGGUUCAAAGUUGAGCAGUGGUUCAGGCACAGGAAGGACUUCCAGGCCAGGCAGGAGUAGUGAUUCCCCAUGGUUUCUGUCUGGUUCUGAUACUCUGGGCAGACUGGCAGGCAACCCCCUUGGGAGUCGUUGGAGUUCUGGAGUGAGUGGUGGGGCCUCAGGAAGAUCAUCCACGGGGACAAGGGACUCACGGAGGCAGACUAGAGUGAUACGUACUGGUCGUGAUCGAGGAUCUGGACUACUUGGAAGUCAGCCACAGCCAGUCAUACCUGCAUCGGUCAUCCCAGAGGAACUGAUCUCUCAGGCACAAGUUGUAUUACAAGGCAAAUCUAGAAGUGUUAUUAUUCGGGAACUACAGAGGACUAAUUUGGAUGUUAAUCUUGCUGUAAACAACCUACUUAGCCGUGAUGAUGAAGAUGGAGAUGAUGGUGAUGAUACAGCAAGUGAAUCAUAUUUACCUGGAGAGGAUCUUAUGUCAUUGCUGGAUGCAGAUAUCCAUUCUGCUCAUCCGAGUGUCAUCAUAGAUGCUGAUGCUAUGUUUUCUGAAGAUAUCAGCUAUUUUGGUUAUCCUUCCUUCCGUCGCUCUUCUCUAUCCAGACUAGGCUCAUCAAGAGUUCUCCUUCUUCCCUUAGAGAGAGACUCCGAUCUGUUGCGUGAACGUGAAUCAGUUUUACGUUUACGUGAAAGGAGAUGGCUUGAUGGUUCCUCAUUUGAUAAUGAAAGAGGCUCCACAAGCCGUGAAGGUGAAUCGAACUUGGAUAAGAAAAGCCUUCCUGUUCAAAGCCCUGUCUCCUUGGGAGAGGAACUGCAGUGGUGGCCUGAUCGGGAUGGUACGAAAUUUGUAGCUAUUGGAGCCUUGUAUUCUGAACUUGUGGCUGUAAGCAGUAAAGGUGAAUUAUAUCAGUGGAAAUGGAAUGAAUCUGAACCAUAUAGAAAUACACAGAAUCCUUCAGUGCACCAUCCUCGAACUGCACAGUUAAGUUUAACCAAUGAGAAAAUUGUCCUUCUGGCUGCCAAUAGCAUUAGAGCCACAGUUACUACAGAGAAUAGCAAAGUUGCCACUUGGGUGGAUGAAACAUUGUGUUCUGUAGCUUCUAAACUGGAGCACAGUGCCCAGAUUUUUCCUGAGUUGCAAGGAGAAAAGAUUGUAUCUUUGUAUUGUUGUGCCCUCUAUACAUGUGUCCAGCUAGAAAAUGGCCUCUUUUGGUGGAGGCCACAUACAGAGAGAUCAGAGUGGGACUGGGAUGGAGAAUUGAAGUGGCAGGCAACAAGAAGUUCAAAGUCAUCACUGCGGACUGAAUGCAGGGGAGUAGUGCCUUUUAGUCAACGAAAAAAGAUGCUUGAAAAGGCCAGAGCCAAAAACAAAAAGCCAAAAUCCAAUGCAGGCAUUUCCUCAAUGCCAAACAUAACAGUUGGAACACAGGUGUGUUUGAGAAAUAAUCCACUUUACCAUGCUGGAGCAGUAGCUUUUUCCAUUAGUGCUGGCAUUCCAAAAGUUGGUGUACUGAUGGAGUCGGUUUGGAAUAUGAAUGACAGCUGUCGAUUUCAGCUCCGAUCACCAGAAAGUUUGAAAAACUUAGAAAAAUUAACCAAAAGUACUGAAAAUAAAACAGAAAGCAAACAAGAGCCAGUCAAGACUGAGAUGGGACCACCACCAUCACCAGCUUCCACUUGCAGUGAUGCAUCCUCUAUUGCUAGUAGUGCAUCAUUGCCCUAUAAACGCAGACGUUCCACUCCAGCGCCCAAAGAGGAGGAAAAAGUGAAUGAAGAGCAGUGGCCACUGAGAGAAGUGGUAUUUGUUGAAGAUGUUAAAAAUGUGCCAGUGGGGAAGGUAUUGAAAGUGGAUGGUGCUUAUGUUGCUGUGAAAUUCCCUGGAACAUCUAGCAAUGUCAGUAAUCAGAGCUGUGCUAGUGCAGAUGCUGAUCCAACUUCCCUCCUGCAAGACUGUAGGCUGCUUCGAAUUGAUGAACUGCAACACUAUUAUUGGUACCAAUGGGUUCUCCAAUGGGAAUCCUCCCUAUCUAACGUGUUUGGAAAACGUGGACCAACGGAAGGCUGCCAACCAGGUCAGACUGCACGUGAGGUAUUCUGUGCCCACCCAGCAGUACCCUCACACCCGAAUCUGCAGACAGAGGUGGUGAAAACGGGUGGGACGCCAAAGAUUCCAGACUGUUUCCAACGCACUCCUAAAAAGCUUACUAUCCCAGACAAAGCAGAGAUCCUUGCAGUGAAUGUGGAUUCAAAGGGUGUUCAUACUGUGCUGAAGACGGGGAGCUGGGUGCGCUACUGUAUCUUUGACCUAGCUACGGGUAAAGCUGAACAGGAGCAUAAUUUUCCUACAAGCAGUGUUGCUUUCCUUGGUCAGAAUGAACGCAAUGUAGCGAUUUACACGGCUGGACAGGAAUCUCCCAUCAUCCUGAGGGAUGGAAAUGGCACAAUCUACCCAAUGGCUAAAGAUUGUAUGGGUGGAAUCCGUGAUCCUGACUGGUUAGAUCUUCCACCAAUUACCAGUCUUGGAAUGGGUAUUCAUUCUUUAACAAACCUUCCUGCAAAUUCAUCUAUUAAAAAGAAAGCAGCUGUCAUUGUAAUGACAGUAGAGAAGCAAGCAUUAAUGCAGCAUAUACUGAGAUGUGAUUAUGAAGCCUCCAGGCAGUACUUGAUGAAUCUUGAACAGGCUGUCUUGUUGGAACAAACACCACAAGCCCUAAAUACAUUUCUAAGCAAUCGGUGUGACGGGAAUCGUAAUGUCUUGCAUGCUUGUGUGUCUGUCUGUUUCCCCACAAGCAAUAAGGAAACUAAAGAGGAAGAAGAAGCAGAGCGCUCUGAGAGAAACACGUUUGCAGAGAGAUUAUCAGCAGUUGAGGCCAUCGCAAAUGCGAUUUCCGUGGUGUCCAGUAAUAGCAGUGGUAACAGAAGUGGACCAUCUAGCAGUCGUAGUUUAAGAUUACGUGAGAUGAUGAGGCGCUCACUACGAGCUGCGGGCUUAGGACGCCAUGAAUCUGGUGCUUCAUCCAGUGACCAUCAGGAUCCUGUCUCUCCUCCUAUUGCACCACUUAGCUGGGCACCAGAUCCACCUGCAAUUGAUCCAGAUGGUGACAUUGACUUUAUCCUGGCCCCCGCUGUUGGAUCUCUUACCACAGCAGCGUCUGGCACUGGACAGGGACCAAGCACAUCUACCAUACCAGGUCCUUCAGCUGAGCCACCUGUUGUGGAGUUAAAGGACAGAAAAGCUAAUGCUCACCUAAUCUUAAAAUUACUUUGUGAAAGUGUGGUAUUGCGACCUUAUCUUCGAGAAUUACUUUCAGCCAAGGAUGCUAGAGGAAUGACACCUUUUAUGCUUGCUGUUGGUGGAAGAGCUUAUCCAGCUGCAAUAACUAUUCUAGAAACAGCUCAGAAAAUAGCCAAAGGUGAUGUCUCGGGUGAAAAGGAAGAGGAUAUAUUUAUGAGCAUGAUUUGUCCACCAGGUACAAAUCCAGAUGACUCCCCAUUAUAUGUCCUGUGCUGCAAUGAUACUUGCAGUUUUACCUGGACUGGAGCAGAGCACAUUAACCAGGAUAUUUUUGAAUGUCGAACAUGUGGAUUAUUGGAGUCUCUGUGUUGCUGUACAGAAUGUGCAAGAGUAUGUCACAAAGGGCACGAUUGCAAGUUGAAGAGGACCUCCCCUACUGCAUAUUGUGAUUGCUGGGAAAAGUGCAAGUGCAAAACAUUGAUUGCGGGACAGAAAUCUGCACGUCUUGAUUUGCUGUAUAGACUCCUUACCACAACCAAUCUUGUGACUUUGCCAAAUAGCAGGGGUGAACAUCUGCUGUUGUUUCUAGUGCAAACUGUUGCUAGACAAACUGUAGAACAUUGUCAGUAUCGUCCACCACGAAUAAGAGAGGAUAGAAACCGGAAGACUGCAAAUGUUGAAGAUUCUGAUAUGCCUGACCAUGACUUGGAGCCCCCUCGAUUUGCUCAGCUAGCUUUGGAGCGUGUCCUUCAGGACUGGAAUGCAUUGAAAUCUAUGAUCAUGUUUGGAUCACAAGAAAGCAAGGAUCCGCUGAGUGCCAGCAGUAGGAUAGCUCAUCUGCUCCCAGAAGAGCAAGUAUACCUUUCUCAACAAAGUGGCACUAUCCGGUUGGACUGCUUCACUCAUUGUCUCAUUGUAAAGUGUACAGCUGACAUCUUACUUUUGGAUACUCUACUUGGAACACUGGUGAAGGAGCUGCAGAACAAGUACACUCCAGGGCGUCGAGAAGAAGCCAUCACAGUUACCAUGAGAUUUCUACGCUCAGUAGCAAGAGUGUUUGUCAUACUUAGUGUAGAAAUGGCUUCAUCAAAGAAAAAAAAUAAUUUCGUACCUCAACCAAUUGGCAAGUGCAAGCGGGUAUUCCAGGCACUUCUACCCUAUGCCGUAGAGGAACUCUGUAAUGUGGCGGAAUCCCUCAUAGUUCCCGUCAGAAUGGGAAUUGCACGCCCAACGGCUCCCUUUACUUUGGCAAGCACUAGUCUGGAUGCUAUGCAAGGUAGUGAAGAACUUUUCUCUGUAGAGCCACUUCCUCCAAGACAGUCCUCUGAUCAAUCCAGCAGUUCCAGCCAGUCACAAUCUUCAUACAUCAUUCGCAAUCCUCAACAGAGGCGCAUCAGUCAGUCACAGCCUGUUCGAGGAAGAGAUGAAGAGCAAGAUGACAUUGUCACAGCAGAUGUUGAAGAGGUUGAAGUAGUUGAGGGUGUAGCUGGGGAAGAUGAUCAUCAUGAUGAGCAUGAAGAACAGGGUGAAGAAAAUACUGAGGCUGAGGGGCACCAUGAUGAACAUGAUGACGACGGGAGUGAUAUGGAACUUGAUCUGUUGGCGGCAGCGGAGACUGAAAGUGAUAGUGAAAGUAACCAUAGCAACCAGGACAAUGCCAGUGGGCGCAGAAGUGUUGUCACUGCAGCUACAGCAGGGUCUGAAGCUGGUGCCAGCAGUGUUCCAGCGUUUUUCUCAGAGGAUGAUUCUCAGUCCAAUGACUCCAGUGAUUCUGACAGCAGCAGCAGUCAGAGCGAUGAUGAAGAACAGGAUACAUUUUUACAAGAUGAGCCUUUGGAGAGAACUACCAGCAGCUCUCAUGCAAACAGUGCAGCACAGGCACCACGUUCCAUGCAGUGGGCUGUACGCAGCACCCAGAACCAAAGGUCCAAUAGUACUGCUCCAUCUAGUAAUAGCACUCCUGCAGGUGGCUCAGCAGGUUUAAUUUACAUUGAUCCUUCCACUUUGCGACGCAGUGCUACAAUCAGCACCAGUGCAGCUGCAGCUGCUGCGGCUCUGGAAGCAAGCAAUUCCAGCAGUUACCUCACAUCAGCAAGCAGCCUAGCACGAGCCUACAGUAUCGUAAUACGGCAGAUAUCAGACCUCAUGGGUUUAAUCCCAAAGUAUAACCACUUGGUGUACUCUCAGAUACCAGCUGCCUUGAAAAUAACGUACCAGGAUGCCAUUAACUUGCAGAAUUACGUGGAGGAAAAGCUUAUGCCUACCUGGAACUGGAUGGUCAGCAUUAUGGAUUCCACUGAGGCUCAGUUGCGAUAUGGCUCAGCAUUAUCUUCAGCUGGAGAUCCAGGUCAUCCUAGUCAUCCUUUACAUGCUUCACAAAAUUCUGCCAGGAGAGAGAGAUUAACAGCUCGUGAAGAAGCCAGUCUGAGAACUUUGGAGGGAAGAAGGCGUGCCACCUUGUUGAAUGCCCGUCAAGGAAUGAUGUCUGCUCGUGGUGAUUUUCUCAAUUAUGCUCUUUCUCUGAUGCGUUCCCAUAAUGAUGAACAUUCUGAUGUCCUGCCAGUACUGGAUGUUUGUUCACUAAAGCAUGUAGCAUACGUAUUCCAGGCACUUAUUUAUUGGAUUAAAGCAAUGAAUCAACAGACAACACUGGAUACACCGCAACUAGAUAGAAAACGGACUCGAGAGUUGUUGGAAUUGGGUCUUGACAAUGAGGAUUCAGAACAUGAAAAUGACGAUGAUACCAAUCAAAGUUCUGGUCUCCAUGACAAAGAUGAUGAAACGCUGUCUACAGAAGCAGGGCAAAAUCAUCCAUUCUUCCGGCGUUCUGAUUCUAUGACCUUCCUUGGCUGCAUUCCACCAAAUCCAUUUGAAGUUUCUCUAGCUGAAGCAAUUCCUUUGGCAGACCAACCUCACCUGUUACAGCCCAAUGCCAGAAAAGAAGAUUUAUUUGGUCGCCCAAGUCAAGGUCUAUAUUCAUCCUUUUCUGGCCUUGGAAAAGGUAUAACUGAAGUAACUGUGGAUAGAAACUGCUUGGAGGUGCUUCCCACAAAAAUGUCUUACUCUUCAAACCUCAAGAAUGUUAUGAGUAUGCAGAAUCGACAGAGAAAGGCAGCUGAUGAGCAAGUAUUACCAGAAGAUGAAUCUGAAAAUUCACGAAUAGGACCAUCUGCUCAAGACCUUGCAGCACAACUAAAAAGUAGUUUACUAGCUGAGAUUGGGCUUACUGAAAGUGAAGGACCACCACUUACAUCAUUCAGGCCACAAUGUAGUUUCAUGGGAAUGGUGAUUUCUCAUGACAUGUUACUUGGACGCUGGCGAUUGUCUUUGGAGCUCUUUGGCAGAGUAUUUAUGGAAGAUGUCGGAGCUGAACCUGGUUCGAUCUUGACUGAACUUGGUGGGUUUGAAGUGAAAGAGUCUAAAUUCCGGAGAGAAAUGGAGAAACUAAGAAAUGCUCAAUCCAGAGAUCUAACUCUUGAGGUUGAUCGUGAUCGUGACCUCUUGAUUCAACAAACAAUGAGGCAACUGAACAAUCAUUUUGGCCGCAGAUGCACUACAACUCCAAUGACAGUGCACAGGGUGAAGGUCACUUUCAAAGAUGAGCCGGGAGAGGGUAGUGGAGUGGCUCGAAGUUUUUACACUGCAAUUGCACAAGCAUUUCUGUCCAGUGAAAAAUUACCAAAUCUGGACUGCAUACAGAAUGCUAGCAAGGGAUUACAAACUAGUCUAAUGCAGCGCUUGAGGAACCGGGAGAGGGAGCGGGAAAGAGAGAGAGAAAGGGAAAUGAGGAGAAGUGGUGGAAUGAGAGCAGGCUCUCGUCGAGAUAGAGACCGGGAAUCAAGAAGGCAACUUUCAAUAGAUACCAGACCUUUCCGACCAGCAUCAGAAGGAAAUCCUAGUGAUGAUCCAGAUCCACUACCAGCCCAUCGGCAAGCACUUGGAGAGCGGCUCUAUCCUCGAGUUCAAGCAAUGCAGCCAGCAUUUGCAAGUAAAAUUACUGGAAUGUUACUUGAAUUAUCCCCUGCACAGCUCCUGCUGCUUCUAGCUAGUGAAGACUCAUUAAGAGCAAGGGUUGAUGAGGCCAUGGAACUUAUAAUUGCACAUGGAAGGGAAAAUGGUGCUGAUAGCAUAUUGGACUUGGGAUUGCUUGAUUCAUCAGAUAAAUCUCAGCAGGACACUAGAAAACGGCAUGGCUCCAGUCGAAGUGUGGUCGACAUGGAAUUGGAUGAACCAGAUGAUGGUGAUGAUAAUGCCCCAUUAUUCUAUCAACCCGGCAAGCGAGGGUUCUACUCGCCAAGGCCUGGGAAAAACACAGAAGCACGCCUCAAUUGUUUCCGUAAUAUUGGCAGGAUAUUGGGUCUGUGUUUACUACAAAAUGAACUAUGCCCUAUAACGCUAAAUAGACAUGUUAUUAAAGUUCUGCUAGGAAGAAAAGUGAAUUGGCAUGACUUUGCUUUCUUUGAUCAUGUGAUGUAUGAAAGUUUACGGCAACUUAUCCUCGCCUCUCAGAGCCAGGAUGCAUAUGCAGUAUUUGCUGCAAUGGACCUUGCUUUUGCUAUUGAUCUUUGUAAAGAAGAAGGUGGAGGACAGGUUGAACUUGUUCCUGGUGGAGCCAAUAUUCCAGUCACUCCUUUGAAUGUUUACGAAUAUGUUAGGAAAUAUGCAGAAUACCGAAUGUUAGUGGUUGCUGAGCAGCCUCUUCAUGCUAUGCGGAAAGGAUUGCUGGAUGUCCUUCCUAAAAAUUCACUUGAAGAUCUAACAGCAGAAGAUUUUAGGCUCCUGGUCAAUGGUUGUGGAGAAGUGAAUGUCCAGAUGCUAAUUAGUUACACAUCUUUCAAUGAUGAGUCUGGGGAAAAUGCUGAAAAGUUACUACAAUUCAAGCGGUGGUUCUGGUCCAUUGUGGAGAAGAUGAGCAUGACAGAAAGACAGGAUCUGGUUUACUUCUGGACAUCAAGCCCAUCAUUACCUGCCAGUGAGGAAGGUUUCCAACCAAUGCCAUCAAUCACUAUUAGACCACCUGAUGAUCAACAUCUUCCAACUGCAAACACUUGCAUCUCACGUCUAUAUGUCCCACUUUAUUCUUCCAAACAAAUUCUCAAACAAAAACUGUUACUAGCCAUUAAGACCAAGAACUUUGGUUUUGUGUAGAGUAUAAUAAAAUGUGUGUACUGUGUGUAAUAAUAACUAGGUCCAAGUUUUGUAGAUUAAUUUUUCAUUUGUCUAUAAAAUUUAUGGAAGUUAAUGCUGUCACACACCUGGAGGUUCUGUGGUGGUGAACAUUCCUGUAUUUGGCUUAUAGCUGAAAGUCCAAACCACAGGCUGUAGUGGCUUUGACUGUAACCUUCUAGGCUUUUGGCUAUUCAGUAACCUGUUAGCCUAACCCCAGCCAAAGAUGACAGCAGAUCAUGUAUUGUUACACUGUGAUUUAUGGUCAUUAGGCCUAGGAGAACUGAAAAUGUUUUUGAAAUUUCACUGCUGCCUUUGUCGAAAGUUUGAUCAAAGGUUCUUGUAUAGGGGGAAGUAGGGGAAUUCCAAAUAAAACAAGAGAAUGCUUUACAUUUUGUGUGUGACUAUUAAACCUGAUGGGAAAAGCCCUUUUGUUUGCCUCAUCCAUUCAUCAUUGGAUAAAUUUUAAAUUAAGUAUUAUGAUUUGUUCAUUUUAAUAUUGCCGUAAGAGGUGAAAUAUAUUCUUUGUCCUUCUGCCAAGACAUGGUUAAACUGAUUUAAACUGGUACGCACUCAUUUAAUUUAUAAGGAUGUUUAGUUUUGGUAUUGACAGUACCGUUCAGUCACAAAAUGUAAAACUGAGCCUUGCUUUUGUGCAGGUUGUACAGUAUGCUUCUAUUUAUCCAAGCUACUUAAAAAAAAUCAUUGGUUUGGGUAAAAUCACUAAGUUUAACAAAUGGUUUGUUGAGGUUUCAGAUAUCAAAUUGUGUACUGUACCAAAGAGUUGGCAAACCAGUGCACAUGUAGAAAAGUGCAUUUUUAUAUAAAAAUAAAGGAAAUUUGCAUUCACUGUU